AUGCUGGCUGGGUUGAUUGCGCCGCGGGGACUGCUAUCCAUUGAUAAGAACAGAUACCAAUGGCUAGGACUGUGGUCGUCGCUCGGCUGUAUGGGUCCUGCGCGGCUGAUCUGGCAGGCAAUGGGGGUGGCCGAUCAUAUGGGAUAUUCACUGUCUAUAGACAAUCCGCACUGUUCGUUCCCGGAUCAGCAGAAGGAGGACUUGCUUGCAUUCAUCAAUCAGUUCCUGCUCGGGAAGGAGGUCAAUACCACGAUCCAGAAGAAUUACCCGUGUAUUUCGUUCAACGACGAGCCAUGGGUGAACUGGCAGGUUCCCACUCUGACUCGAUGA